UUUCUAGCAGGGUGGUCUACCAGUCGAUAUGCUUUUACAAGAACCGUGACCUUGGCGGCAUUCUUUCCUUCCCACACUCGAGAUACUAAUCUCCUGCACUCCUUUGGUUCGAGGGCUCUACCCUCUUGCUCUCUCGUUCCGCUCUCUGUUUGCCUCCGAGUUGCGAGAGCUCUGCCACCUCACCUACUCCCUAAAGCGGAGGCCGUGUUCGCCAUGGAGGCCGAGUUUCCCUCGCGCAUCGUCCUCGAUCUCUACACCAACGACAUCGGCACUUUCUCCGUCUGGGGCCGCAAGAACUACACCGACAUCACCAUUACCCAGACCCCCGCCGCCGCCGCCGCCGGUGAGGACGGCACUGUCGCCAUCGCCAACGACGCCGGCGAGCCCUCGUCCGCCAUGUGCGGCGAGAACGAGCUUGUCUGCGACAAGAGCCAUCAGGCCAUGGCCAGUAUCUGCUACCGCCUCAUCAAGGUCCUCAAGACGGACAAGGCCAACGACAUGAUCCGCGGUACCCCGCAGGACUACUGUCUCGAGAUCGAGACGGCGCGUUGCUGCGUCAGCUGGACCGCCUUCAUUGACAAGCCGACGCCCGUCGCGGAGCUCGUCCCCGCCGCGGAGAUUGUGUAUGAUAACUGCCGUGACAUCAUGCGCAGCUACGUCUCUGGCAAGGUGUAUGGUGCUAUUGUGGGCAAUCACUGCAUGGACCAGUGCCUUUCUGAACGGCCGGACGGCUGCUGAUAGUCCGGUGACGAACCUGGGAGCGGGGAGUUCUCUGGAUCGUGGUUCUAAUAUUUAAUGCCAAUGGGGGGAGGGGGGGAGGGGGGAGGCACUCUGGCUUUGGGAAAAGUGCCAGGUCAUGUCAGGUUCAAUGCACGCUAGCUACUUGACUGCAAUAAAUGGUGAAUUGCUUCGCACAAUUUUUCGAGGCCAUAG